CCACACAGAAGUAACAGAGAAAUAUUAAGCUCUGUAUUCGGAUAUUUCUGGCGACGUUUUAAGAACUGUGUGCAUUAAGCGUAUAAAUCUAAACAUGGCACUGGAUAGUUCUAUUUUGAUCACUAUUUGUGUGGGCAUUGUCUGCGUACAAAUUGUACGUCGAGUUUUGCCAUGGCUGUAUCUGAAUAUCUUUGGUCCCGUUCUUUUUGGACCAAGGAUCGAUUUACGCCGGUUUGGAGCUUGGGCUGUUGUAACGGGUGCCACCGAUGGAACUGGAAAAAGCUACGCCAAAGCGGUGAGCUUAAGGAUAAAUUAAAACAUUACUACAACUUAAAAUAUUGAACUUCCACAAUAUGUGUCCAGAUGCAGUGCAUCUAAGCUUAUCAUUAUGAUAAUAAUACACUUACAUCCAACAUCAUACAUCAUUUUAUUUUAUUUUCAGCUUGCUAAGAAGGGCAUUAAUGUAAUUCUCAUAAGUCGUUCACUAUCUAAAUUAGAAGCUGUAGCUAAAGAAUUAACUAAUGCUUAUAAGGUUCAAAUAAAAAUCAUUGAAAUUGAUUUCACUGAUGGUCCCCAAAUAUAUCACACAGUACAAAAGAAUAUUGAAGGUCUCGAUAUUGGAGUACUUGUUAAUAAUGUUACCACGAGUUAUGCACAUCCCGAAUUCUUUCUCGAACACAUCACUCAGCAUCCCAAAUUUUUACGUGAUGUUAUAUCAGUCAAUAUACAUUCGGUUACUCAUAUGUGCGCUCUAAUACUACCCCAUAUGAUCGCCAAGAAAAAAGGUGUCAUCAUUAAUUUGUCAUCAACUGCUGCAGUUAUACCCAGCCCUUUACUUAGUUUAUAUGGCGGCACAAAAGCGUUUGUUGAUAAAUUCAGCAAAGACUUACAAACAGAAUAUCAGAGUCAAGGUAUUACAGUACAAAGUGUUCGACCAGACUUUUUAAUAACGCAUAUGGCGAAACUUCGGAAGACUACACAUCUCCCUUUAUCAGCAGAUUGGUACGUAUCAUCUGCUUUGAAAACAGUUGGCAUUGCUGGACAAACGACUGGGGACUCUCUACAUGCAAUACGUCUGUUGCGCUUUCAAUUCCUGAAUGCUAUAGUCGGUAAUCAGAUCGUUAGAAAUAUUAUUUUUAAUAUCAAUUUUUGUAUACGUAUUAUCGGUUUGAUGAUGCGCAGAUAA